CAGGCGCUGGGCCGCUUCGGCUUAAGUGCCAAAGAUCGAGGCGGGAAGUUGAGAAAUAACGCCUAGGGCCUCUGAAAAUCGAGCAGCCCUGAGUGGUCGGACCCACCCCCUAAGGUAUUGCACUAUCGCGCCCUCUGAGCCGAGCGGAGCCGGGGCUACCGGCGGAUAAGGGCCGGGGCCUGCGCCCAGCCGACCGCAGCCCCGCAGGGUCAGACCUUCGGCCCAGAAGCCGCGGGUCCCCCGUGGGGAGGGGAAGGGCCCGACCCCCGCCCAGCGCGCACGCGCAGCGCCUCUCACCUGCCUGCUGGCGCUCCGCGCCCCCUCAGGAAGUGCGGGCCUCAGUGGAGCGCGGAGGAAGUGCCGGAGGCGGGGGAGAGAGGAGUGCGGGGAGGCGACGGCUAGGGGUGCUGGGGUUCCUGUCAUGUGACCCCUCCCCUCGGCUCUCUCGCAGCCCCGCCGGGAGUGGCGGGAGCCAGUCGGAGGACGGUCUCUAGGUCCCUUGUCCCCAGAGAUGCUGAGGCAGUGGUCGGUGCAGGCCUCAGGGGAGCCAGAACCUGAGCCGGCCGGCGAGGAGCUGUGGGAGCAGGAGAUGGAGCGGCUGUGCUCCUCCCAGGAACCUGUGCGGCUGCUGCCCUACGCCAUGGUGGACAAGCGCUUCAUCCGGCAGCUGCGGGAGCCCGAGGGGGUGAAGACCUCGUGCUGGCAGCAGUGGCGUCACAGGCAGCAGACUGCAGGACGGCGCCUGGGGGAGGCAGCACGGCGGCUGGCCCGGGGCUGUGGGCUCUGGGAGGGGGCUCUCUACGAGAUCGGGGGCCUCUUUGGCACCGGAAUCCAGUCCUACUUCACCUUUCUUCGCUUCCUGCUGCUGCUUAACCUGCUGACCCUACUUCUGACCACCAGCUUCGUCCUGCUGCCCCUGACCUGGCUCCGCCCCCCUGACAGAGGACCUGCUCUGAACUUCACCCUCCAGUGUCCUGGUGGCCACCAACCCCAGACUGGUGUUCCCAAGUUCAACAAUCUACUUUGGAAUGUUUUAACCGGCAGGGCCUUCAACAACACCUAUCUCUUUUACGGCGCGUACCGAGCGGGGCCUGAGAGCAGCUCAGUAUACAGCAUCCGCCUGGCCUACUUACUGAGCCCACUGGCCUGCCUGCUCCUCUGCUUCUGUGGGAUUCUACGGCGGAUGGUGAAGGGGCUGCCACAGAAGAUGUUCCUGGGCCAGGACUACAGGUCACCUCUCAGCGCCAAGGUCUUCUCUUCCUGGGACUUCUGCAUCCAGGGGCAGGAGGCAGCUACCAUCAAGAAGCAUGAGAUCAGCAACGAGUUCAAGGUGGAGCUGGAGGAGGGGCGUCACUUGCUGAUGGUGCAGCAUCAGACCCGGGCUCAAAGGGCCUGCCACCUGCUCACCUACCUGCGGGUCAACAUCCUCAUCGGGCUUCUGGUGGUUGGGGCCAUCAGUGCUAUCUUCUGGGCCACCAAGUACUCGCAGGACAACAAGGAGGAGUCCCUGUUUCUGCUGCUCCAGUACCUGCCCCCUGGGGUCAUCGCCCUGGUCAACUUUCUGGGUCCCCUGCUGUUUGUUUUCCUGGUCCAGCUGGAAAACUACCCUCCCAACACUGAGGUCAACCUCACCCUUAUCUGGUGUGUGGUGCUGAAGCUGGCCAGCCUGGGAAUGUUCCCCUUCUCGCUGGGCCAGACUUUGCUGUGCUUUGGCAGAAACAAGACCAGCUGUGAGUCCUACGGCUACAACGCAUGUGACUACCAGUGCUGGGAGAACUCGGUGGGGGAAGAGCUGUACAAACUCAGCAUCUUCAACUUCCUCCUCACGGUGGCCUUCACCUUCCUUGUCAGCCUGCCUAGGAGGCUGCUGGUGGAGCGGUUCUCGGGCCGGUUCUGGGCCUGGCUGGACCGGGAGGAGUUCCUGCUGCCCAAGAACGUGCUGGACAUCGUGGAGGGCCAGACAGUCACCUGGAUGGGCCUCUUCUACUGCCCCCUGCUGCCCCUGCUUAACAGCAUCUUCGUCUUCCUCACCUUCUACAUCAAGAAGUACACCCUGCUGAGGAACUCCAGGGCGUCCCCUCGGCCAUUCCGCGCCUCCAGCUCCAUCUUCUUCUUCCAGCUGGUGCUCAUCCUGGGCCUGCUCCUGGCCGCUGUGCCCCUGGGCUAUGUGGUCAGCAGCAUCCGCUCCUCCUGGGACUGUGGCCUCUUCACCAACUACUCAGCCCCCUGGCAGGUGGUCCCAGAGCUGGUGGCCCUCCGGCUCCCACCCCCUAGCCAGCGCAUCCUCCACUACCUGGGCUCCCACGCCUUCAGCUUCCCCCUCCUCAUCCUGCUCAGCCUUGUCCUGACCGUGUGCGUCUCCCAGUCCCAGGCCAGCGCGAGGGCCAUCCGGGGGCUCCGGAAGCAACUGGUGUGGCAAGUGCAGGAGAAGUGGCACCUGGUGGAUGACCUGUCGCGGCUGAUGUCGGAGCCGGGCUCCGGCGACUCUCUGGGGCCUGAGUCCCCUCACUCCCGAGGUUCGCGCCCGAGAUCCUUCUGCCCCGGAUUCCCGUGCCCGGGCUCCCCGGGACCCAGGGCCUCCAGGCCGGAACCCUCCCUUGAGGAUCCUAACGGGUUGCGCGGUGUCCGGGUCCCCGCCCGUAGCUGCCGCUUCCCCAGCGGUUCGGAGCUGUAGCACCGACCCCCACCACCGCCCGGAGCUUCCCCAGGGCCCCGUGUGCAGCUCCCCACUUCCUGCUCCCUCGCCCCACGCUCGUGACCCCAGGUGACCACCGCCUCUCUCAGUGGGCCCUCCAGCAGGGUGCCUUAAGGUGGGGUGCAUAUACCUAGGGGCAUCAAGAAGAAAAUAUGGGAACUUGUAUUUAUAUUUUUAUCUCAAUCCUUAAAAGUUUCUAUUUUUGU